AUGUCUUACAACCAGCGAGAGACUCCGGUCCUUGCUGAACUCUGCACCUCCCUGGUCAAGGAUGUCUACGGUGAACUCGCGGCACGGGUCUUUUCGAUCCUCGCGCGCCACGGACGCCAGAGUCUCGCAUCCAUCGCACGCGUCUCCUACCUGAACCCGCGCCAGAUCAAGUACGGCCUCGUCAUCCUCCUCCAGCAGCACCUCAUCUUCCACUCCGGCAGCGAUGCGCCCUUGACCUACUACGAGAUCGACUGGCAAAACUCGUACGCAAUCGUCCGCUUCGGCAAGAUCGUCAAGCUCGUCCAAGACCGCGACGGCAAAAAGGCCGCCAACGUCAUGUCCAACCUGCUCGCGCUCGGCCACACACGCAUCGCCGACUUGAAAGAAGCCUACUUCCCCUCCGAAACUGAAAGCGACUAUGACUCAGACGACGGCGCGGCCAACGGAGCCGGCUCAAAGCGGAAACGGACCAACGGCACUCACGUCAACGGAACAGGCAAGACGAACGGCGUGACAAAUGUUAUCUCCUCUGAGUUGGACGACGCGAAACCAGACCCCACCGAACUCACCAACGGCCACGGCAAGACGAACGGCGUGCACAAGCCCUCCAAAGUCGACAGUGUGACACACAACAGCGCUCCAGAAGAGCCCGGACAAGAACAGGAUGACAGCGACAUUGGCUCCGUCGAGGAGCUGUACGAAAUCAUCCAGCGGCUGAUGGAGCGCGGCUGGAUCAGGACAGUCACCGAAACACAAUACCUCUCCCCCGGCGACAUGCACGACAUGCUCUACCAGGAGUCCAUCGAGCAAGACAACAAUGGCGUCACACCCACGGGCACCAAAGACAAGGAUAUUGUCCACAGAGGGACCCUGCAGCGUAAACGGGCAAUGCGCGACGAAUGGCUGACGGUCCCAAAGUUUGCCCGAAAUGGACAGACGAAUGGUUCCAACAAGCGUGUGAAGAUCAACGGUGCGAACGGCACAAAUGGAUGGGCGGCACCAUCAUCGGACGACGACCUCGUUAUUCGCGUUAACCCGGAGAAGAUUGCAGUCGCCAUGCGGACGGAGCAGCUGGUGAGCCUGGUACAACAACGUCUAGGUUCCAUUACGGCGCGCGUUUACCAGACCAUGUUGCGCAUGCUCGAGUCCAAGACACCCCGCUGUUGGGAAGAGUGGCCUGACCCACCGCUACCUGCCGGCGAAGCUGGAGAGAACUCGAUCGACCCCCGCUUCCUCGUAACUGCCCGCGACGUCGCCACGAAGCUCAGCCGUGAGCGCGAUCUGGACAUCUUCGAGGGCCUCGAUCCGAACGCAGCGGCCCAGAUGACUCGCAAAGGGCACAUCAACCGAGCCACUAUCUGGACACAGCCAGUUGACCCCGCAACCCUCAAUAUGGAAGACAGGACCAAGGUCGUCGACAAGCACAUACAGAUGCUGGCUGAAGACCCGUUUCACUUUGUCACCUGGCACUCUCGCGCCGGAUUCUCGCAAUGGCACAUCGAGUUCGACGAGAUCGCGCGGCAGAUGAUACAGACCGAGAUCGAGAACACCAUCUCUGCAAGGAAGGGAUCCCUGGGCGUGAAACUGGUUCGCGCGUUGAAGAAGAAGGGCAAGCUCGACGAGCGCGCCAUGUGCAACGUCAUGAUGAUGCCCGCCGCCGACGUUCGUGGCAUAGUCAACGACCUCACCAUCCAGGGCUUUGUCCAGACGCAGGAGAUUCCCAAAGUCGACCGACGCGAAGCGAAGCAUUCCCUCCACCUUGUCUGGUACGAUCGCCAGCGCGCCCGCGAAAAGCUGCUCCACGACACCUACAAGGGCAUGGUCCGCAUCCUCCAACGUAUAGAAUACGAACGAGAGAAGAUUGAGUUUACCCUGACCAAAGCCGAGCGCUCUGACGUGGUCGGCAAUGAAGAGAAAUGGUUGAGCCCACGCGAGUUGGACGACCUUCGCAAAUGGAAAGAGGUGCAAGAGAAGUUGUUGCUACAGCUAUCCCGCGAAGACGACCUCGUCGCUACAUUGAGAGAUUUCCACGGGCCGUUGGUCUCUGCUUAG